CUACGGUAUACGUUUAAAUUUGAAACUGUAGUCAGCCCAACCUUACAGCAACGAUACCGGCAGCGUCGCUACGCAGCUCCGUUCUCCGUGUAUUUUUCUCCGGGCAGCCUGAGUUGUGGUGCAUCCUAUACGCUUAAUACGGUACUAGGAGUAGCAUCUACGUAGAAACGGGCCCGGAGCCCAGAAAUGGAACGGGUCGCUGACGUCCCAGCACACGGCGAGUCCAAUCGGGACCCUUCUGACUUUGCUCUUACCAAUAAGAAUCUUGUUUGUUGCUACGUGUGCCGCCUAAUCAAGUCGCGCAACCAGUUCCAUGAUUCGGGUUGUGACAACUGUAAAAAUCUUUUUGGACCUAGCAUUUCAUUUGAGGACUACACGACACCAAACUUCUCGGGAAUGAUCUCUAUUAUGGACCCUAAGGCCAGUUGGGCUUGCAAGUGGCUUCACCUCGGCCGAUACGUCCCAGGCUGCUACGCCAUGGCAGUUAACGACGAUGUCCCUGACGACCUCCAGGACAUCUUGGAGAACAAGGGCAUCAAGGUCCGCCACGGGUAGUAGCGGCAUCCGAACACACGUCCCCUUUGUUUUCUUUAAUUGCCUGGCAGGCAAUGUAGCCCUGUUUGGGUGCAUCGCUCUGUGCCCAAGAGCGAGGAUUGCCAGUGGCGUGAGUAGACGUUGCGUUGGUCAUGCUGCGGCUUGCGUCCAGCGUACCGUCCAAGACACGACCCGACCCGGGACCCAUGCGUCCUCUGCCUUGGGCUAUCAGGACCUUUUCCUUGGGUUGCUAUGACCACGUCUUUGAGCGUUCCAUCUGCGCUUGGGAGCUUGCUGUGCUUCGUGACGUCGGUUUGGACUAUAUUUUUUGUCAUUCGAUGGCUUUCGUGACAGUGCAAGACAGUGCGAGGAAUACAUUGCAUGGAUAUCGAUGGUAUGUUAAUGCAAGGGGCCCCGGUUACUAGGAGGCUGGUGUUUCAAGAGCCGGUUGCCAGGUUAGUGCAGCAGGUGCAGCUGCGCUCACAGCAGAGACACAAAGCGUAAAAAGCAGGCUAGGACGACGGCCGACAUUUUUGUCAACGUUUGGCAAUUCAAAACUGUGCAUGCACACUGCGUCCCAGGAGAAAUUAGAUCGUAGGGCACAUCUCGGUUAUCGUCUUAAUCCAGGUGUGCAGAAACACACUGGGAUUGAUGUAUUGUGAAGCCUAUAUAGUGCGGGGAUAGCUUUGGCAUGCCUGGUAUGCGCACCGCAUUGGAAUUCCGCCUUCAGUAUUGCACCGCCGGCGCAUUUCGCAAAUCUGCCCUGCUUGCAUGACGCGUCCACUUGCGCAUACGCACACAUCGUGCUGAACGACGCGUUUAGGUUUGGCCCUGCUUUACUUAAAUGUUAUCCGUUGUUGCCUUCUCGUGUCCCAAGAAAACGAGAUAUGAGCCUCAAUCGCGGAGCUGAUCUCCAAAGUGGGCAUGUAAAUGUUCAAGAACCU